AUGGCCUUGCAGCAACCGACUCGCCAACCUGUGCAGCGGACCGCUGCCCCGGCAGCCGUGGGAGAGGAGAGUGUUGCCGUUGUACCAUCAAUUUCUGAACAAGCACCAGAAGAGUCGCAGGCCUGGGUGCUCUUCUCAGCCCCUACCGAGACCACAGCUACGUCUUAUCUCACAGAGUCAGAACACUCCCCAGAGACGCCCGGGCGGUCACGAUUGAGUGAUGUCGGUAGCCUGCAUACUGUGGCGAGAUCUGAAGCCUCACCUGUCGCCAGGCAACCCAUUUCAGUGUUUUCGGCAAUAGAUGACCAGUCUGUCGAUGACGACGCGGAGCUGGACAGCUUAGACAGCCACCUACCUGAAUUUCGCUCCGUACCUGGUCUGAACACUCCAUCACCGCGAGGCGGGCAGCAGUCUGCGCCGAUAUUUCCCUCUCAUGAUGGGCUGGGCUCGUUCCACCUAGGUCGGCCCGUCCUGGGUGCUGAGGCACAGGACCAGAUAUACCAGUUCGAGAAGUUCAACCCCCGCAAAGCUCGCCGGAGACUGGACAGCUUUGAGGACAACCGGAUCAAGCAGGACAAGGUCCAAACUGAACAAGACGAGAAAAGGCAGCGAAUCGAGGCAUGGCGCCUGGAGCAUAGCCGAGUCUUGCUGGACGAGAUUCAACGAGAGACGAAACGACAACGCAAGUCCUUGGCAUCGACGCACCGAUCCCGGCGUACUGCGGAUGCUGAAACAGACAAUCUGACAUGGCAUGAUGAAGACGCGUUCCAACCACACACGGAACAAGAGGGUUUUUUGGCGCGCAUCACACGUACCGUCGUCAAAGACAUUCUAGGCAUCGACGAUAACAUGCUGUCAAUCCUCUUGGGCGAGCAGCUACCUGACGAUGGUGAAAAGGCACUCUCAACUGCUCCGCAAGCUUCCCAACUGAGCAGUCUUCCAAUUUUGACUACGACGGACGAGCCCUCGUGGCAGAUUCGAAUUCUGGAACGGCUAUCUAGAGAGCUUGGGCUUCUUGUCAACCAACUGUCAACACAUCCUGGGGCAUUUUCGACAUAUUCCAGGUUACAGCACUCAGCGCUUCCGUAUGCUGGCCUCCCAGUCAUUCCAGAGUGUAGUGACGUUACCACCGGCCCGGCGACAGAAGCAGAGAAAGCUAGCCAGGCGCCUUUCCCGGAUUUUCAGCCUACCAUGCACCAACGUCCGCAGCCAAUUGGCAUCCCGAGUCGGAGACAGACGACUGACGGCUCUGGUAACGGUGUUGACGCGACUGACACCGAUUUUACCAAAGAGGAGUGGGAGAGAAGUCUGGACAUCAAGCUGGUAUUCCGCUACCUCGUUUCGCGUUUCGCUUCCCGCUCGGGCAACUCCCCCACUGCUGGUAAUACUUCACACCAUGGUGCGCAGACUCAACAAGAUACGGCAGCCAAAGUAGCUCGCGUUCGUCAACACCACCCCCUCAUCGCCCGCACGCGGCAGCUUGAGCGUCGGUCUUUCAAGGCCGUAGCGCCCAACAGCCCGGUCAUGCUGCGCCACCACAGCAGUUGCGCGAGCCAAAGCACCAGACGGUCAGCUCGGAGAAGUAGCUGUUCAUCAAGGCACUAUUGGGAUCUCGGUGGCUCCCUCGGCACUGGUUCGGUCAUUGCCUCCAACGGCCCCAUGGGAAGCUGGGGUGAAGUGUAG